GUCUCUGCUCUCACACAAUGGCAGAAGAAGUGGCUUUCUUUGCUGAGACUAACUUGGGAACCCGAAUCGUCAUGACGGUUCCUCUCGAUAUCACAUCAUCAGAUUUCAAGAGAAAACUUGAGAAAACACAUGCAAGUUGCUUACCGAGCUUAGGGGACAUACAAGUUCAUGGUCUAAUGGUUAAACGAAAGUCUCAGUUUUAUUACCUUGCCGAAUCUGUGCCUAUAAAGUACUUCUUCCGGGAUGACCAAAAGCCCUGGUUUAUCCAUGCAGAAGCUAGACUUGUUAACAGAUCACAAGAGCCAAGCAUAUCCACCAGCAUUGACCAAAUUGAUGUUGAAAACAAGAAGACAGAGAAAUCUCCGCCCAAACCGAUCCCUAAACCUGAUUCCAGGAAUCCUGCGUUCCUUGGCAAGAGAGAGUUUCUUGCUCCCAAAACCAUUAUAAAAUCUCUAUUGUCAACAGCAAGAGCUGCUGAGUUGAAAACCUAUGAAUGUUUGGGCAGCUUCAUACCAAAAACGCCAGAGAGGAAAACUGGAGAGUCUGUGAGUAUAAGUGAAACGAUUAGCAAGAAACUAAUUGUGGCUGCAAACAACAUCAGAAUGCAAGGCAAGUCUCGUGUGUCUUCUUCACUAUCAUCAUCUAUUUUCAGAAGCAAGACUCGGAGAAAGAGAUCUCUAGAUGGUAAGACAGUCACUUCUCUUGCAAAAUUUCUGGUCUUUGAAAUACCUGAUACUGAGGAUUGAGUCAUCAUGGGAGAGGUGCAUUACACAAGAAGUGGCUUUGUGUAGAUGUACAUGAUUCUUCGUUUAUUUGUUUGAUUCCUUUGUCAUCCAGGUUAGGCAUCAUAUACAUUGUAAAUGUAAAAUAUCGUAGUAUA